AGCUCGUACCGGUAAGCUGCUCUUGUUCUCGCUAGCUAGCGGAACACAGGUCUGCUGCUAUCUGUCAACAAUCUAGGCAUAGCUGAUACUGAAGUCCGUGUGGCCCUUUGUCGUCUGCUUCUUUCAGGUCCUCAAACAAGGCUGCAGUGUUAUGGAUGAACCAUGAAGGCCCAAUUGCAAGUCACAGUUCUUUCAGCCAAGCUGAAGGAAAACAAAAAGAACUGGUUUGGUCCCAGUCCGUAUGUCGAGGUAGCCGUGGAUGGCCAGUCGAAGAAGACUGAGAAAUGCAACAAUACGCACAGUCCCAAAUGGAAGCAGGCUCUCACAGUAAUUGUGACUCCGGUCAGCAAGCUAAUCUUUCGUGUUUGGAGCCACCAGACACUGAAAGCGGACAUCCUUUUGGGAAUGGCCACACUAGAGAUCAGUGAGACCCUUAAGGCUAACGACUUGAAAUUAUCUGAGGUGGUGCAGACACUGCACCUGAGCUCUGACAGAGACCCCCGGGAUAUUGUUGGUGACUUGUCGGUCUGUCUGGACGGCAUGCAGGUAGAUGCAGAAACCUUUGCCUCGGCAGAGAGAGAACAUGCUACAGUUUCAAAUGGAAAUGCAAGACAAAAUGGAGACACUGGCAACAGGUCAAGCAGAGACACAUCUCCCUCUAGUGACUCAGACGAGUGGAUUAUUGUACCUAAUGGUCAUGCUGUCAAUGGUAAGGGGUCUCCUUCCCAGUCUCCAGGGGGCUCCAAUGCCUCACGUCCACCCAGACCAGCUCGACCUCCUCCUGCUACGCCUCGCAGACCAGCAGCCUCACCAACCUCUACUAGCAGUUCCUCCCCCAGUGAGCUGAGUGAAGGUCCAGCUUCCGAUGGCUCCUCUCAGGCGUCAGCUAGUGGGUGUUCAAAUCAGCAGGAUGUCUCAGGCACAGGAGCAGCGACUGCAGGUUCUUCACAGACAGCUAGUGGCCCCAAACUAGGGACAUCUGCCUCAGUACCUCCGGCCACAACAACUCCCAGAAUCACACCCAUGAGCAACGGUCCAUUACCACCAGGAUGGGAGCAAAGGGUGGACCAGAACGGACGGGUGUACUAUGUGGAUCACAUUGAGAAAAGGACAACCUGGGACAGACCUGAGCCUCUGCCUACAGGGUGGGAACGCAGGGUGGAUCCGAUGGGUAGAGUGUACUAUGUGGACCACAUAACCCGAACUACUACGUGGCAACGCCCCACGCAGGAGUCGGUGCGUAAUUAUGAGGAGUGGCAGCACCAACGCAGCCAAUUGCAGGGAGCCAUGCAGCAGUUUAACCAGAGAUUCAUUUAUGGGCUCCAAGACCAGUUGGCAGCCACGGCCAAUAAGGAGUUUGACCCACUUGGACCUCUGCCACAUGGUUGGGAGAAGAGAACAGACACCAACGGCAGAGUGUAUUUUGUUCAUCACCCGACUCGUACGACACAGUGGGAGGACCCCAGGACACAAGGGCUGCUGAAUGAUAAGCCCCUGCCAGAAGGUUGGGAGAUGAGGUUCACUGUGGAUGGUAUUCCCUAUUUUGUAGACCACAACCGGAGAACCACAACCUACAUCGACCCACGCACAGGGAAAUCCUCACUUGAGAAUGGACCACAGAUAACCUAUGUCAGGGACUUCAAAGCCAAAGUGCAAUACUUCAGGUUCUGGUGUCAGCAAUUGUCGAUGCCUCAACACAUUAAGAUUACUGUCUCCCGCAAAACCUUGUUUGAGGACUCGUUUCAACAGAUCAUGAGUUUCCACCCACAAGAUCUGAGGCGACGACUGUGGAUUAUUUUCCCUGGAGAGGAAGGUUUGGACUACGGAGGUGUGGCCAGGGAAUGGUUCUUCUUGCUCUCCCAUGAGGUACUGAACCCCAUGUACUGUUUGUUUGAGUACGCUGGCAAGGACAACUACUGUCUGCAGAUCAACCCUGCCUCCUACAUCAACCCUGAUCACCUCAAGUACUUCAAGUUCAUAGGACGUUUCAUUGCCAUGGCCUUGUUCCAUGGCAAAUUCAUUGACACAGGUUUCUCACUGCCCUUCUACAAGCGUAUUCUGAACAAACCUCUGGCUCUCAAAGACCUGGAGUCCAUAGAUCCAGAGUUUUACAACUCACUCAUCUGGAUCAAGGAUAAUAACAUAGAAGAGUGUGGUCUGGAGAUGUUCUUCUCAGUUGACAAGGAGAUUCUGGGGGAGGUCACCACCCACGAGCUGAAAGCAGAUGGAGGGAACAUCCAAGUAACUGAGGAAAACAAGGAGGAAUACAUCAGGUUGGUUGCAGAGUGGAGGCUGUCAAGAGGAGUGGAGGAGCAGACUCAAGCAUUCUUUGAAGGCUUCAAUGAAGUUUUGCCCCAGCAAUACCUUCAAUACUUUGAUGCUAAAGAAUUAGAGGUGAUGCUCUGUGGGAUGCAGGAGAUAGACCUGGUGGACUGGCAGAGAAACACAAUCUACAGGCAUUAUGCCCGAAGUAGCAAACAGAUCCUCUGGUUCUGGCAGUUUGUUAAGGAGAUGGACAACGAAAAGAGGAUGAGACUGCUGCAGUUUGUCACAGGAACCUGUCGUCUUCCUGUGGGUGGCUUCGCUGACCUGAUGGGGAGCAACGGCCCCCAGAAAUUCUGCAUUGAGAAAGUGGGCAAAGAAAACUGGCUUCCACGAAGCCACACAUGCUUUAAUCGCCUGGACCUCCCUCCAUACAAGAGCUACGAGCAGCUGAAGGAGAAGCUCAUGUUUGCUAUAGAAGAGACGGAAGGGUUUGGACAGGAGUAAUGCAACAAGAGCAAGAGCUGCGGGAUGGAAUGAUGGAGUAGUGAGGGCUUUGAGGAGCCAUAUCCAUUUCAGACAAGAGCACUUUUCAACAGAGUCUCCUUGCAGCCAGGAGCUGCUUAUAAACUGGUAGAUGGACGUACAAGUCUUUAUUUUCUGUCACAUUAUCAUAUGUAGGAAACAACUGCCCCCCCCCCUUAAGCUGUUUAGUCAUAAAAUUAAUUUAUCCCACAAGAGAACUGUGAACCCUCCUCACCCUGUUUUACUUCAGUUCCACCCUAAUCCAGCUCUGUCACUUACCCCUGCUCUCGGGCCCAUUCAUAAUGUGAUGGAGGCAGCAGAGACGCCUUUCUUGCCCCGUCAUGUCUGCACUCGCUGUAUGUUGCGCAAGUGCAGUUUCUACACGUACAUCUGUGAAUCUGUGCAGUAGUAACUUCUUAAGAGCCGUCUUGUCGGGUCUAUGCACUAGAAUGAAUAAUUUCAGAGGAGAGAACCAUAUUUGUGCAUUUUGACCUAAAAUAAAAAAAAGCUUCAUAUCUAAAAGCAACAUCAGAGGCACAUAUAUGGUUUCAGAUUUAACUUUUAUUUUUCUUUUAUUCUAAGGAUGAAUGUUUUUUUUUUGUUGUUGUUUUUUUCUAACAACUGACAGGACUGACUCCCUGCAGCACAUACGCAGUUCCUUUAAUAACUUUAAUAAUAUGAUCAUGCUAAUUGAAAUGGUAAUUUCUCUUGGGUUGAUUUUUCUUAACUUUCUAAUGAGUUGAAACUUUGAACUAGUUUGCACAUAGUUAUGUGAGCAGUAAGAUGGUCGUGAUUGUUCUUAAGAGAGGUUGUAUUUUUAUGUGCAAUAGUUUUGUAGAAAACAUUUUUGCCAAUAAUAGAGCCAAGCAGUGAUUUGUUUGAUCAUUUUACACUUUGGUAAGUCUCAGAAUUUACUAUUGAUUUAAAUUGUCAUUAUGAAGUAGAGAAUAUAUGGUGAAACUGGUUUGGUUGUGAUUUGAUUUGACAAACUCCGCCUUCCCUAAAUGGUCUGCGCUGUAGAGAAAAUCAGCCUCUUUGACCUUGGGUGGUCACUUCUUUUUCCAGUCAGGGAGACUGAGAAGUCUUUUCUUGCUAAUUAUGAGUUAUUACUAAUGAAGUGGAAGCAUUAGGAUGUGUUGUGUAACAGAGAACAAUGACAUAAUGACUGAAUAAUUCCCACUGAAUGGUAGCCAACUCUCUGGUAUGUGUCCAGAAUUUAAGUAUUAUCCUAGAUCAUUUAUGAAGAUGCUGAAUCCUAACUGUUUAAUGUGUUAAGUGACUAAUGCAGUUUAUGUACAUAUACUUGCAAGGUAGAAAACCUGUUUAAUAUCUUUCACCCAAGCAGUGGACACCUUUUGAGUUGCAGACAGAAGUUGAAAAUUAAGAUUUGAGCUAAUGAGAUAGAAAGUGGCCCUAGUUUUAUAGGGUGUUCAGAUUUGUACAGUAAUAGUGUAUUUCAUGUCUUUUCCAAAAAAUAUCGCCGCUAACGUCAAACUUAAGGUUUCUUUUUAGUAUCAGGUAGAAUAUAAGAAAAUGACUAUGGAACCAGUUUACCAAAGGAUUAUAUUUAAUUAUUUUUUGUAAACUAUUUGACUUAAGUCACCAAUCAGUUUUUAACACCCAGUAAAUUAUGACACAUGAUGUUUUUAACGCUGAGUAACUGUCCAAUCAUCAAGCUGCGUGUGUACGUGUGGUAUGAUUUUGAUGUCACAGAUUUCUUAACUACAAAUUCUGUUUUAGCAAGUUCCCUUUAAUUUCCCCCGAGAAAUGCAAAAUGAUGUAUCCAUGAAUAUUGCUUAUGAAUUAUUCCAUGUGUGAACCAUGUGACUGUAUGUCAUUUCAUAAUCUCAAUGCUGAUACUUAAAAAACAAACAAACAAAAAAAAACGCGCUGGUUGUUCUCAAUGACUUAAGCUCUCUCUCUCACUAACCUGACAGCGUAUAACUAACCCUCAGUCAAUACCAUUUACUGCUCACUUAUACUUCAUUGUGUCAAAUGUUUCACAUUAUCUCAUAUUUUCCAUCUUAUUGGCGGUAAUUUAAUACAUGCACACCCACAAAUGUCGGUAUGGUGGUCUGCAGACUUGUGAAGAGAUUAUAAAAAGGAGAAACUGAAAAAAGAAAAGAAUCUUAAAAAAAGGUUUUGUGAAUAAAAUGUUGACUGUUGAAUAUUUUAACAGAUUACAACUUCUAAUAUAGCACCUUGACACUCCAAACUAGUUAAGCUGGUUGAAUUAACCACUUCACUGUUUAAUCUCUGCUGUGUUCCAGCUCACGGGGAACUUAAAUGUAUAGAAAUAUGCAAAGUAGUGUUUUAGUUGUACUGAUUGCAUUGUAAAUCAUGUUGAUAGUGUAAUCACUGUUUUCUUUUUCUUUUUUUUCUUUUUUUUGAGGCUCUAACUUUUUUGAUAAGUAGAGGUCAUUGGUUGAAUACUAUUUAUUUCAAGGAUGCAGUUUCAUGUAACAGUGGACUGGAUUGAUUGAGAAAAAAAGUAAUAAAAUGAAUAUAACAAAGGC